ACCCCACCACGGCCACCACACCACCCACCAUGCUCCCUCUCCUCCGCCGGCGCCAUUCCACGCUCACCACGUCGCUCGACCGGGCCAAGCGGCUCGCAGCGACCCGCGCCGUCCGCGAAAACUUCUCGCCCGCGCACAACUACAUCGGGAUCGGCAGCGGCAGCACGGUAGUGCACGUAGUGUCGUCGCUGCUGCAGGUAGCGACGGCCAACACGACGUUCGUGCCGACGGGUUACCAGUCGCGGAGCCUGCUGCUGUCCGCGGGGCUGCGCGUCGCGCUGAUUGACGAGGUGCCGCCGGGGGCCAUCGAUAUCGCGUUCGAUGGCGCGGACGAGGUCGACCCGGCUGGAAACUGUGUCAAGGGCGGAGGCGCAUGCCUGCUCAUGGAGAAACUGGUCGCUGUCAAUGCUGGGAGGUUUGUGGUUGUUGCUGACUGGACGAAGAUCUCAACAAAGCUCGGGGAGAGAUAUGCUCCUGGCGUGCCGGUUGAGGUGCUCCCUGCCGCGGCAUCGUACGUGAUGUCGCGGUUAAGAGAGCUCGGCGCAACGCCGGUGCUCAGAAGCGGCGCUAAGGCGAAGGCUGGUCCAUGUGUGACCGACAACGGGAAUUUCAUCCUUGAUGCCGCGUUUCCUGGGGGCAUUGAGGUGGCUGAUGCCGCAGCACGAAUACGCGGGAUUGUGGGCGUGGUUGAGCAUGGUAUUUUCUCGGAUGCAGAUAGAAAGGCGGACGUGGUGUAUUAUGGGAUGAAGGAUGGAGAGGUACUCGUUCAAGGAAUAAUACAGUAGGUGGCUGAAGAGGGAGACAUUCAAACAGUAGUAAAUGCCUAAACUUGAAGGACGCUCUAUUCUGCUGGCGUAUAGAACCACAAAUAUAUAUAGAUA